AUGUCCCCUAUAUCACACAGCGACCAAGAGCUUUCCCCUGAUCUCGAGCACUACCAUGAAAUCCCGCGCGAGAAGCGCAUCCUCAAUCGUGGAGCCUUUGUGCCCCUUCAGCUUGAGACCAGUACCCGCUCUGCUAGAUUCGACUCAGAUGUCGUGAGAUAUUUCAGAGUACACCCUCCCGCUCCUGCCCCUACUCGUAGAAAAUUAAUCCUCUCAGCCUUGACCCGCUCGCACGCCCGCGGUGCCAGUAAUGAUGCUCAUGAUGGUGACGGAACCGCGUUCCACCUGCCGCCGGAGAUCACGUACCAGGUUCUGUCGUAUAUUAAAGCGCUCGACGAACAGCGCUUGCCCAGCGACCCAAUGCACCGCACCUACUGCUCUAUUUGCUAUCUUAAGAAUCUCUACAACAUCGCACUGGCCUCCCGCUCCUGGAACGGCCCCGCCACGGAGCUGCUCUACUCAACGCUCAAGCUCUCUCUCGACGACGUAUGCGAGUACCACAACCGCGGCAUCGCAUGGGGCGACGGGAAAUACUGGUGGGCGCGCCGCACCACAUACCUCUCCCAGCGCUACUUCAAGCCGCUUCUCCGGACACUCACGGCACGCCCGCAGCUGGCGGGUAUGUUCCGAGUGCUGGAGAUCGACAUGCACCACCGCAUAUCGCGGGACUACCAGAACCUACCGCUGUGGACAAAAUUGAUAUCGUUAUGCUCGGGGCUGGUGAGGAUCGUUGGGGACCCGUGUGUGUUUUUUGCGCCUCUGGACCCGUACAUGGAGUCGCUGAAGCAGGAUGCGCUGAACUUUGUGUCGCGUGGGACGCUGUAUCGCGGGCGGCAGACGCGGGCGUUGACACAGCAGAGGAGGUUGUGGAAGGUGCUGGCGGCGCAUGGAGCGUGGGUGGAGUGGUCGUGGGUAUCCAGUUGUAUGGACAUUCGGGUGCCGGCCUUUCGGAGAUUCCAUAUGGGCUGGCAGGCGCUGCGGCGGCUGGAGAUCUGCCAGUUCUAUUACCCCCGUGCGACGGCAGAGGAGAGCGGGGAUGCGGAGAAGGAGGGCGAGAAGGCGAUUGCGUGCCUUGGGGCGCUGGAAUCACUGUCGCUGAAGAGCUCGACGCUGCGGGUGCUGCGAUGCGUACCAAAGGGGAGGCUGACGGAGCUGAGCGUGGAGAUUGACAUUGGAGAAUGGGCAGGCACGCUCCGGCAGGAGCUGACAGAGCUCGAGGGCCACUACUCACACGUCAUGGAGAAAUGGCUCCCCCGGACACUGGUCCUCAUGCCCGAUCUCCAGAGCCUGAGCAUAUCACUGCGCUACAGGCCCGACCCCGGCACCAUCAUGCUCAACAAGGACGAUCCGUCCAUCGUUGGUCUCGCGCCGUGGCAGGCGGCAUUCCCGCCCGGCACGAAGCUGCAGAGACUGGUGUUUUUCUGCCCGGGCUGGUCGCACAACAAGAUGCUGCUCAAGAUCAUGCGGCGGGCGGAGGUCUGGCCGGCGCUGAAGGAGAUGGAGUAUUGUCCGAGCACGGCGGUGACGGAGAUUAAUGUGGCCGAGUUCUUGGGGACGCCGAUUACGGUGAGUAAGGCAAAGACGAGACAGGAGGGCACGGUGGUGGACAGCGAGUUGAGGAUGGAGUGCCAUCGGAGGGGGAUGACUGGUGUUGAUGAUUGGGCUACCAGUCGUGGUGGUGGUGGUGGUGGUGGUGGUGGUGGUGAGGAUGGGCUUGUACGUGUGGGCACGGGUGAGGGCUCGGGGAUGACGGGCGUGGAGGUGAGGCGGGUGCGGAUGAGGAAGGUGGGGUGGCUGUGA